AUGGCAGCAGCAGCCGCCUGGGUCCUGCCCGCGGCGUCCUCCCUGCUGGCCGGCGCUCGAGGUGCCCCGAGACGCGGCACCUCGGCGGUCCAGGUCUGCACGAUGAGCGGCCGGCUCCUGCUCCUCGCGGCGCUCCAGGCGCUCCUGCGGCCCCCGGCCGUCGCUGCGCAGAAGAGGAGCCAAGAGGUCUGCGUCGACGUGUACGCGGCCGACAUCGCGUUCCUGGUGGACGGCUCGUCCAGCAUCGGCAGGAACAACUUCCGCGUCGUCCGCGCCUUCAUGGAGGACCUGGUGCGGCCGUUCGUGCACGUGGUGGGCGAGAAGGCGGUGCGGUUCGCCGCGGCGCAGUACAGCGACGAGCCGCGGGUGGAGUUCGCCUUCUCCCAGCACGCCAACGGCACGGGUGUCAGGAGGGCCAUCCAGCAGCUCGGCUACAAGGGCGGCAACACGCGCACCGGCGCCGGCCUCCGCUACGUCGCCGACCACCUCUUCGGGCCCGCGGAGCAGCGCCGGCCCGGCGUGCCCCAGAUCUGCAUCCUCAUCACGGACGGCAAGUCCCAGGACGACGCCGAGCGGCCGGCGGCGCGGCUCAAGAGCCAGGGCGUCAAGGUCUUCGCCGUGGGCGUCAAGAACGCCGACCGCGGGGAGCUGCUGCGCGUGGCCUCGGCGCCCGCCGACUCCUUCUUCUUCUACGUCAACGACUUCAAGAUCCUCGGCUCGCUGGUGCCGCUGAUGGCGCGCCGCGUGUGCGCCGUCGCCGGAGGCGAGCCGCGGCACGCCGGCCCCGCCGACCUGCAGUUCGUGGAGCGCGGCGCCGACCUGCUGCGGAUCCGCUGGACGGCGGCCGGCGGCCCCGUCACCGGCUACGCGGUGCGGCACGCGCCGCUCGCGGGCCAGGGGCAGCCGCUCGAGGCCGAGCGGCGGGAGGUGAGCCUGGGCCCCCGGGAGACGAGCGCGGUGCUGCGGGGGCUGCGCCCCGGCACGGAGUACCUGGUCACUGUCACCGCCCAGUAUGCCGGCGGCGCCGGCGAGUCCGCGUCGGGCCGGGCGCGCACCGCGAGCGGCGCCGGCGUGCGGGACUUGCGCCUGCUGGAGACGGGACCCACCUUCCUCCGCCUGGCCUGGCAGCCUGGCCCCGAGCCCCCCCAGGGCUACCUGCUCAGCUACCAGGCGCAAGGAGCGGCCCGGGCGGAGGAGAAGAGCCUGGGCGCCAGCGCGCUGUCGGCCACCCUCGGCGACCUGCGCCCCGACACCGAGUACGUGGUGACGCUGCGUCCCCACUACGCCCAGCGCCCCGCCGCCCCGGCCACCCUCUCCGCCCGGACACAGCGCCCCGAGGGCCUGCAGCGCCUCGCCGCGCACAACGUCUCCGCGCACGGCAUGCUGCUGGCCUGGGCGCCCGUCAGCGGCGCCACCGGCUACCGCCUCUCCUGGGCUGCCCUGGCAGGCCAGGAGGUGCACAAGGUGGAGCUGGACGCCGGCCGGACGUCGCACGCGCUGGGCGGGCUGCAGCCCGGCACCGAUUACCUGGUGACGGUGGCCCCGCUCUUCGGGCAGCUGGAGGGACCCGCGGCCUCGGUGAGGCGCAGGACAGAGGCGGGCGCGGAGCAGAGCCUGAGGACCAACAUCCUGGGCCCCACGUCCAUCCAGGUGCUCUGGACGGCCAUCCGCGAGGCCCGCGGCUACCGCCUGGAGUGGAAGAGAGCCACAGGACCUGAGCCGCCCCGGACCGCGUCCCUCCCCAGCAGCGUCAGCACCUACCAGCUGACGGGGCUGCAGCCGGGCACCGAGUACCGCAUCACCCUCUACACGCUCUACGACGGCGGCGAGGUGGCCACCCCCGUCACCACCUUCCAGACGGGCGCGGAGCCGCCGGGCGCCGUCUCCGACCUGCGGCUCCUGGAGGACAGCGGCCGGAGGGCCCGGCUGGGCUGGACGGGCGUCCCGGGCGCCGCCGAGUACAAAGUGACGGUGCGCAACACGCAGGACGGCACGGAGAGGACGCGGCGGGUGCCCGGCACCCAGACCCUGCUGGAGCUGGGCGACCUGCGGGAAGGCGUCGCCUACGCCGUGCGCGUCUCGGCCCUGGCUGGCGGCCGGGAGGGCCCCGCCGCCGCCCUCAGCGUCCGCCUCGGGUCGCCCGCGGUGGGCAGCGUCUCGGAGCUGCAGGUGACGGAGGCCGGCGCCGGGCAGCUGCGGGUCACCUGGAGGGGGCCGCCGGGCGCCGGGGGCUACCGGCUGACGUGGCGCGCCGGCGACGGGCCGGAGCAGUCCCGCCUGCUGCCCGCCGACCCCACCGCCUUCACCAUCGAGGGGCUGCGCCCCGGCACCCUCUACGCCGUCGGCGUCUCCGCCAUGGCCGACGGCCGGGAAAGCCGCCCCGCCACCGCCGUGGGCCGCACAGCGCCCGAGCAGGUGGGGACGGUGUCGCGGCUGGAGGUGCUGUCGUCCGGCGGCGACGUCGCCCGCGUCGCCUGGGUCGGUGUGCCGGGAGCCACUGCCUACCGCGUGGUGUGGAGCCGGCGCGACGGGGGCUCCGAGAGCAGCCGGCUGGUCCCCGGCGACGCCGACUCCGUGGACAUCCCCGGCCUGCAGGGAGGCGCCUCCUACACCGUGAAGGUCACCGCGCUCGUCGGCAACCGCGAGGGCGAGCCUGUCUCCAUCGUCGUCGCCACGCCCGCCUCGAGCCGCGUCGCCGGCCUCCGCGUGGCGGAGGCCCGGAGAGACUCGGUGACGCUCGCCUGGACACCGGUGCCCGGUGCCUCCGGCUACGUCCUCUCCUGGAGGCUCCCCGGAGGUAGGCGCGGGGGCCGCGGCGGCGGCGAGGUGCGCCGGACGCUGCCCGCCGCCGCCACCUCCCAGCGGGUGCCCGGGCUGCGCCUGGGCCGCCGCUACACCUUCACCAUCCGCCCGCUUUUCGGGAGCGCGCCGGGCGCCGAGACCUCCGUCAGCCAGCGCACAGUGUGCGGGGACGCCCGCGGCGACGUCGUCUUCCUGGUGCACGGCACGCGGGACAGCGCCUACGGCGCCGACGCCGUCCGCGGCCUCCUCUCCAACGUCGUGUCCGCCCUGGGCCGCCUGGGCCCCGACGGCACCCAGGUGGCCCUGGCCGUGUACAGCUACCGCAGCCUGCCCUGGAUCCUGCUGAACCGCUCCAGCGACCUGGGCACCGUGCUGGAGCAGAUCCGCGCCCUGCGCUACGAGGAGCCCAGCGGCAACGCCAUCGGGGCUGCCAUCACCUUCGCCGGGAGGUACCUGCUGAGCCCCGGCGCGGGGCGCCGGCCCGGUGUGCCGGCCGUGCUGGUGGUGCUGGCGGACGGCCCCUCGGCGGACGACGCCAUCGCCGCGGCCAGGGACGUCAAGGCGGCGGGGGUCCGGGUGCUGGCGGUGGGCUUGGAGGGGGCGGACCGGGAGCAGCUGCGCCGCGUGGUCACCGGCGAGGACCCGCGGUACGUCUUCCACGCCGGCGAUGCGCUGGAGGAGCUGGAGGGCGAGCUCACCGACGACCUCUGCACCAUCAUUUCCAUGGGCAGGCCGGAGCCGGAGCCCUGCGCCGUGCAGUGCCCCAGGGGUGAGAAGGGGGACCCUGGCCAGGUGGGGCCACAAGGACGUGUGGGGCCACCAGGUCCCCCUGGAGAGCCGGGCCGCCACGGGCUGCCUGGCCCUCCGGGACCCGCAGGACCACCGGGCGCCCCGGGAGAGGUCGUCGAGCAGCCAAGCAAGGGCGACAGGGGAUUCCCAGGAGCUGACGGGGCGCCAGGAAGCCCUGGGCGCCCCGGGAACCCCGGACCCCCUGGCCAGCCGGGCAACCAGGGCAUCCCUGGCCCCCGAGGGGAUCCUGGGCCACGGGGGCCGACAGGACUUUCUGGCCCGAAGGGGGAGAAGGGCGAGCCGGGAGAGCCCAGGGUGAUCAUGGACGGAGCGCAGGGACGGAAAGGGGAGCCAGGCACGCCGGGCAGCCCUGGCCUCCCCGGCAGCCCCGGACCCCGGGGACCAUUUGGAGAUCCUGGCCCUCCUGGGCCAGCUGGACCCAUGGGCCCCCCAGGAGAGUCUGUGAAGGGGGAGAAGGGUGACCGUGGAGAGAGGGGCCUGCCUGGGGACCCCGGGCCCCGGGGCCCUGCCGGCCCCCCCGGACCGAAGGGGGACAAGGGUGACGGCGAAGAAGGUUUCCCAGGGCCACCCGGCCGCCCAGGGGACCCGGGGGUUCGGGGAGACCGUGGGCCGCCGGGUGAGCUGGGAGAGAUGGGCGAGAAGGGAGACCGUGGUGCGCCAGGCCCCGAGGGCGAGAAGGGAGCCCCUGGACCAGCUGGCCCACGAGGGGAGAAGGGCGAUCCAGGAGCACCUGGCGAACCCGGCAAGCCGGGUGACAGAGGCUUUUCGGGAGCAGAGGGGCCCCCUGGCCACAAGGGCAACGCAGGAGAUAAAGGAGCCCCCGGUGCCCCUGGCCUGAGCAUCCCGGGCCCAGCUGGCCCCAAAGGCGAGCAGGGCGACCGGGGUAUCGUCGGCCUCACUGGCAGGAGCGGCCCAAAGGGUGACCCAGGGGAGCCUGGUGAGAAGGGCGAGCCGGGACGAGCAGGCUCGCCGGGGCAGAUCGGCCCGCGUGGGAAGGAGGGAGAGCGAGGAGAGAAGGGAGAUGAAGGCACCCCGGGUGAAGUGGGCUUGCCUGGCAAACCUGGAGACCGGGGCCCUCGGGGCCUCCCCGGAUACCGCGGCCCUCCUGGAGAGAAGGGUGACCCAGGGGACCCAGGUCCUGAAGGCAGAAACGGCAGCCCUGGAGCACAAGGCAGCAAGGGUGACCGCGGGGAGCCGGGGCCUCCUGGACCCCCAGGACGUACUGUUGAUGGGGGCCUUGGGGGAGUGGGAGAAAAGGGCGAGAAGGGAGAGCCUGGGGACCCCGGCGAGGAUGGCGCGAAGGGCGCCAAAGGCGAAGCUGGCUCCCCUGGCCUGCCCGGAGAGAGGGGCAUCGAGGGCCCCCGGGGCCCCUCUGGUGUGCGGGGUGACCCCGGGGACCGAGGCCUGCCAGGAGAGAAGGGUGACCGUGGCCCACCGGGGCUAGACGGCCGCAAUGGGCUGGAAGGCAAACCUGGGCCGCCAGGCCCCGCCGGGCAGAGGGGCGACGCCGGGAAGCAGGGGGACCCCGGCCGGGAUGGACUGCCCGGGCUGCGGGGGGAGCAGGGCCUGCCUGGCCCCGUUGGCCCCCCGGGGCCGCCUGGCCUCCCUGGCAAACCCGGUGAUGAUGGCAAACCAGGCCUCAAUGGCAAGAACGGGGAAGAUGGGACGCCAGGAGAAGAUGGGAGGAAGGGAGAAAAAGGUGAUGCUGGUGCCCCUGGCAGAGAUGGCCGCAGUGGUGCCAAGGGUGAGCAAGGGGACAGCGGCAUGCCAGGCCCCCCCGGCGCCCCCGGCCUCCCCGGCGUCCCAGGGCAGCUUGGACCCCCAGGCCAGGGUUCGCCAGGCCUUCCCGGCAUUGCUGGACCAAAGGGAGACCCAGGGGAGCCUGGAUCCAGAGGGGAGCCGAACAUUGAACGUAGCCUGGAAGCCCUUGGCGUCAAGGUUUCCUCCCUCAAGGAGCUCACGGGUGCCUACGAUGGGAGCUCAGAUGCGUUCCUGCCUGUGUCCGAACGCCUGCGGGGCCAGAAGGGCAGCAGAGGGGAGCCGGGGGAGAGAGGGCUGCCAGGCAGAGAGGGCUCCAUAGGCUUCCCCGGCGAGCGAGGACCCAAAGGUGACAAGGGGGAUCAAGGUGCCCCCGGCCCCCAGGGCCCCAUGGGCCGUGCCGUGGGCGAACGGGGCCCCGAGGGGCCGCCUGGCCAGCCAGGAGAGCCCGGCAAACCGGGGAUCCCCGGGGUGCCGGGCCGGGCCGGGGAGCUGGGGGAGGCCGGGAGGCCCGGCGAGAAGGGCGAGCGAGGCGAGAAGGGCGACCGCGGCGAGCAGGGCAGAGACGGUUUGCCGGGGCCUUCAGGGCCCCCAGGGCCCAAGGUAGGUGGUGCAUACUGCUGGGAACUGUCCCCGGGGGCACGCGGCCCUCGUGGCCCUGCCGGACCCAAGGGAGCCAAGGGCGAGCCGGGCGCCGAGGGCGAGCGCGGAGCCAAAGGAGAUAAGGGCGAAGCCGGGCCGCGGGGUGAGCGAGGAGAGCCGGGCGAGAAGGGCAGAGACGGCUUCCCGGGCCUCCCGGGAGAGAGAGGGCUGGCCGGCCUCGACGGGAAGCCGGGCAACCAGGGAGACCCGGGCCCCCCAGGACCUCCGGUAAGGAUCCGCCCUCCGUCCCGGGGCUGCACGGUGACCGGAGAUCCAGGGGAGCCUGGCACCAGCAUCCGAGGCUUGCCCGGUCCCCAGGGCAGCAUGGGGCUCCCCGGCCCCCCCGGCCCUCCCGGCCUUGUGGGCCCGCAGGGUGCCCCCGGGCUGCCAGGACAAGUGGGGGAGAGCGGGAAGCCAGGCGUGCCAGGGAGAGACGGCGUGCCGGGGCAGGAUGGUGAGCCGGGGCUGCCCGGGAAGAUGGGCGUGCCGGGACCUACGGGCCCCAAGGGAGAGCCAGGGGAUGCCGGAGCCCCAGGGCAGGCUGUCACCGGCCCUCCUGGAGCCAAAGGCGAGAAGGGCGAGCCAGCACUGAUGGAGGGAGUCCUGCUGGGUGAACCUGGCUCCAAGGGCGACCGGGGCUUGCCUGGCCCCAAGGGAGAGAAGGGGGAGCCUGGAAGAUUUGGGGAGCCUGGAGAUCCCGGGGAAGAUGUGAGUAGGAGGCCCGCAGGGAUGCCGGGGUGGGCUGAUGCCGCCUGGCGGGGUCGGAGUCCUCCGGCUCCAAGCACCGGGCGGUAA